CGGGAAGAAGUAGAAAGUGAAAGUGUGGCCAAGCCUUCUGGGGGUGGGUUGAAACUUUGAAAACGUGGAUGUGUUUCAAUGCACCGCGUUGUGAAACGUAAGAUAAAUGGACAGAAACCAACGGUUGAGUUUAAUGAUAAGGGACAACCGUAUGGUGUGGCUGCUGCAGAGAUGCAAUCUUAUAUUGGAGUUUUGGCUAGGACUAAAGCUCCAAUAUGGUUUGACACUUGGAGGCAAGUUCCGUUGGGGUUCGACCUCCCCCCUUCUGCACGAAAACUUGUGCUGCAGUCGGUGAAUUCAAAGUGGAAACAAUUCAAGAGUACCCUGACAUGUCGAUAUAUUCUUCCCUUUCGAGAUGAACCUGAGAAGCUGAGGACUCCACCAGAGGACUUCUCUUUCCUAGAGAAGAAUCAUUGGGAUAUUUUUGUUGCUGAUCAUCUAAGCCCCGAGUUCUUGGCAAAAACACACAGUAGAGAUGAGUCAGCCAUUGAUCAAUCUAUUACGUGGGUCCUUGCAAGGAAGGACAAAGAAGGAAAUUUCAAGAGUGAAUCUACAAAACAGAAGGCGGAGGAAAUUCUUGAUGUUGGUUCUGUGGACAAUAUUGUUGCACAUGCUAAGCUGUAUGGAUUCUCCCGAAUGGAUGACCUCACCCUACAUGAUGUUGACAUUCCAGUCCCAAUCCCCGGUGAAGUACUUACUGUUGAACAAGCCAAAGGAACUUUUGUAGCAUGGCCUAAGGAGCUGAUAGUCUUGGAUGUGCUUCCUAAAGGAAAGAGCAAUUUAAAAACUGUCAAAAAGAAAAAGGCCCCUAAAAGAUUGAAAAAGGCAAAUGUUCCAGACGAUGAAGAUUGUGGCCAAGAGUUCCAAGUAGAAUUUGGUCCUGAGUAUCCACUGCAGUUGAAACGGCUAUGCUGCCUGUAUGAGCUUGUGAAAAAGAACAAAAUGCUUCAGAUGAUCUCUUUCUUGGAUCCCAGCAUGAUAGGGACGCUUGCAUGUGGGAACAUAGGGCAGAGGUCAUGCAAGCUUGUUGAUCGCUUUAAGGGGGCCUGUGAUGGACAACACUUUCUAAUACCGUUCAAUGACGUGAAUCAUUGGGCUUUGACUGUUGUCAAACCUAAUGAAGAGGUAGUGUACUACAUGGACCCCCUUAAAUGGUGUAUAGAUAGUCAGGAGUGGACUGAAGUAGUUGAUAAUGCUAUAGUUUUGUACAAGAGUACCAUGAACAAACCUAUGUUGAAGAAGAAAGUGUCCUGGGAGAACAUGGCAGUAUUAUAUGAUUCUUAUUUUUUGUGGGCACGUCGGGGAAAUCUGGAAUACACCGAGGAUGACAUCAAUCAAACAAAUGUCGAAUUUGCAAACAACCAGAGCCGUGGAUCCUGCAUCAGUGGUGUCCAAAUCCAUUUGGUCUUGUUCGAGGAGAAGGACGUCAGAUCGGGCUUUGAGGAAUGUCCGGAACGGGACUUAAUUCUGAAGAAAGGUGACAUGUACUCGGAGAUUUUUGGGAAGGCCUCGAAGAAGUUGAAGAACCAGCGCUCAUUCUGUGACUAGGGCAUUCACAUCUUCAAGACAAUUUGCAAGAUUUUUCAAUGUUUGACAAUAAUGCGCCAUGGAUUUGGUGCGGCUUUGGUGGUCGUCCGCAAACGUUGCUCGAGCUGCAUAGCACGAGCCACCAUGUUGUCAUGGAAGAGGUGGUAAAUCCCUUUCCACAAAUCGAUAGCAAUAAAGUAAGAUGUGAGGA